AUGUCCCUCACAGGUCCAUUCAUAUACCUCUACCCUCACACUCCACACUACAGGCACAGUUCUCUACGAUUAAAGUCGGCACUUACAGCCGUGGCCAGGGCUACUUCACAUAGCUUCACUAGUGUCUCGGCUGCACCUGUCCUUGACCUUCGCGCAAACAUCCUACGCUCCAAUGGCGCUGUGUUGUCGAUGCCAUCUGUCAAACACUUCAGCGUAUCGCACAGCAUCCGUACAAACGAUGCCAAACCUGCACAAGAAGCAUCAGUACGCGCACGUUUCUAUGCCGAAAUACAGAAGGGUCUAGCAGAUGAUCCCAUCCUAUCGAAACGAGAAGACUUCUUUCCGGAGGUGCUCGAAAUUCUCGAUGUGGUUGAGAGUGGGUCUGGUACCAUGACCGAGGCAACGGCAAAGUUUGAUGAUCAGACCAUCAUGGCCAUGACUAUGAAGAUGGUUCAGUUGCAAAGUAACCCGGACGCCGAAGUGUCAUCGCUGGCGAGUGCGGCUGCUGCGCAGUUGCUUAAGGCAGGUGCUGCGAGAAAUAAUACUGAUGCCAUGUUUGGUUAUGCUAAUCUGCAACGAAAUGGAAUCUUUGGCGUCGAGAAGGAUAUUAACAGCGCUGUGGAAGCAUUCACUAUUCUCGCAAAGAAGGGCCAUAGAUUUGCCCAGACUAUCUUGGGCGAGAUCUACUUCAACGGCGAGAAUGAGGAAAUCAACACACCCGCUGACGCGGUGAUAGACGCAGAGGGUAAGAAGAUGAGGAGAUACGAAAUGGCUCUCUCCUUGUUCGAGACAGCUGCAAAGAACAAGGUGCCGAAUGCGUAUCAUUUCUUGGGAGAGAUGUACUCCAACGGCCUCGGGUGUGAGAAGGAUAUGAACAAAGCCAUUGAAAGCUACAAACAAGGCUUUGAAGCAGGCUUCCAUCAAUCUGCAUUGGCCCUUGCCAGGGCUUACUCCCAACCUGGACCUGAGCAGUCGUAUCAUGAUGCCUUUGAAUGGCAUACGAAAGGGGCUGAGAUGGGCAAUUUGCCGUGCCUAUACAACCUAGGCACUCAUCACUUUCAAGGCAAAGGCACACCUCAGGACUUCAGCAAGGCCGCCGAUUGCUGGCAACACGCAGCCGACCAGGGAUUCCUGCAUGCAAUGAUCAAUUUGGCCAACUUGUACGUAGAGGGCCGAGGAGUACCUCAGGAUUUGUAUCGCGCGAGAGAUCUCUACAAACUAGCUUCAGAGAAAGAACCAUCUGCAAAGGUGCAGUAUCUCGAAUUGGAAGACCUAAUUAGGAAGGCAGAAGCCGCAGAGCGAUCUGCGAAAUAAACUAAAGUUCAAAUA